AUGGACGCGUCUUAUUUCGUCCCCCCACCCGUGAAGGCUGCUACUUACGACGCGCUGAAAUUCCGUGGUGGAUCACUAUCAGUUGCACGCAUGGAUGCGACACGUGAUGGGCUACGUCCGGAAGACGGGCUAAAUUCUGAAGAAAUUUUUGGCUUCGAGCCACCAGAAAUCGAGCCGCAGCAGGUCGGAGACUCACAGAGUUUUGAGGAGAGCUCCCUGCUUUACUCGGCCUUAAGUCGAACAAGCGGUGCAUCAUCCGGGUUCGCUGUUGAAGACACUAGUCUUUCCUUUCCUAAUGAAGUCACUGAAUCAUCCGGUGCAUUGCAGAGCCUCUGUAUCUCCAUCCUCUUCGAACAGCUUGCUACCAAGCUAUUUUCUGGAGUACAGCCUUACGAGAGUCUCUGUAUGCUAUCCGCUAUUCAACACGUUCCGUCGUACAUCACACCCAACACGAUGACCUACCCAGGACCAGCAGAGUUGGCUCAUAGUCCCUACCGCGCUCUUGUACUCCAAUACGAACCAAUCGAUGUGACUCAGUCCCAUGCCUGGAGCUCCUCAGCCGAUACCGGAGAAAAGUCUGGAGGUCUUCACCCAUUGUCUGGAGCAGUCCCUGUGUAA